AUGGAUCGUCAACACAAUGGUUCAAAACGCACCGAGAGCGUGCGACAGCCCGUUAGCUGUGAGCCAUGUCGUCGGAGGAAGAUCAAGUGCUCCAGGAGUCAUCCUCCGUGCGAUACAUGCCGACGGCGACGUUGUCCAGACAGCUGCGUCUACAAAUCAUCCCGAGACGACGCCUCAGCAAAGGCGGGAUAUAAUAAUUCCAAUGUUGAACUAUUAGAUAGGAUCAGUAAUUUAGAGAAUUUGUUGAGGAAACAUACAGGUGCGGAGGUUGAAGCAUCGUCGACCACACGAGCUGGGCACUUGGCGAGCCCGGCACUCUCUGCCUCAAUAGAAUUAGAGCCAUCGUGCCAGCUAUCUCCUGAAUCUUUUAUUUCCGACCUCCCAGCUCGUCAGACACUCCCCACCGACCUCAGCGCCUCACACAGAGCUGGCGUUCUGUCUACGGCCUCAAAUGGCAGUGUUCGUUACGAGCCACGAUCAUCCCAAUGGCGCGCAGUUCUUGCCAACACACACUUGUCAUCAAGUACCCCUUCACUGGAAGAGAACGAGGUCUCCAACUUCAGCUUUGGGUUUCCCUUUACGACCGCGGCCUCGCCUUCAGGAGAUGACCUGCUUUCCAUUCUGCCCCCGAUGCAGCAAUGCGAGUAUUUGAAAGAAAAGUAUUUCACUGUCUUCUCUCCGUUAUUUCACAUCCUUCAUGACCCGACUUUCCAAUCUGAAUACGAGGGUUUUGUUGAAGAUCCGUCCUCGGUGCCCGUCUCUUGGUUGGCAAUCCUCUUCAUUUUGUUAUCCUUGGCUGUCACAACGUUAGAACAGAAAGAUCCAGUCUUAAGAGACCUAGCCAGAGGUUCAGAUCCAGAUAACAAUAUUCGAAUGCUUAGCAAACGGUAUCGAGAAGCUGCCUUGAAGUGUCUUGCUAAACAUGGAGUAUUUUGGGGAAAUAACAACACUCACUCGCUCCAAGCGCUUGUUCUUGUAGUGUAUGCUAUGGGGCAUAGUCAGGAACCAUCAUGGGUGCUCCUUGGCAUGACGUACCAUGUUGCUAUUGCAAUGGGUUGCCACAUUGACCCCGACGAAUUUGGUCUCACAGCCAUACAGUGCGAAGAGCGCAGGCGCUGUUGGGCGGGAGUCAUAAUGCUCUACACAAUACAAAACACAAUUCUGGGAAAUCCUGAUCCUUCGUGGCGUAUUACCAACGAUGUCAAGCUUCCGGCUGAUGUCAACGAUGUCGAUAUAACUGUCGCUGGAAUCCAGGAACCCUUUCCAGGGCCAACGCAGAUGUCAUAUUUACUGUUUAAAUUCCGCCUCUAUGACAUUGCAGCAAAGAUCUGCAAGGAAACCUUCAAAUCAUAUCCACCCAGUACGACAACGAUCCAGAAUCUAGAUCAGCAGAUUCAUUUGGCGCAGCAAGAAUGGGAUAGUCGUUAUCUCGCGGACUCGAGUUUUAAUUCCCUGCCUACACACCAUGCAGUCCACCUUCACAUUCUCCACGCUUACUCACAUCAGCUGUAUCUUCUUUUGCAUCGGCCAUUCUUUGCUCAAUCUAUUCUCGGACUUGAUAUUCCAAAUCAAUCUCAAAUCAGAUGCAUUGCUUCUGCCGAGGCCCUUCUGGGUAUUCACCAGAUGAUGUUCGAAAUAGAGAGCUUCAAGCCAUAUAUGUGGUAUACCGAUGGCCUUGGAAGUUUUCACGCCUUUCAUGCCACUGCUGUGUUGGCCGUUGCACUUCUUAUGCCUAUAUAUAAACCACAGCACCAAUGUUUCAAGAAAUUACUGGAUGAGACUCUGGCGAGAUUCGAAGCAUCUUCCGGCAGGAGCAAAAUAUGUGAGAAAGCUGCUAGGAUUCUUAGGUUUAUGCUUUCAACUUCAUCCCCAAAGCAACCUUCGAUUUCUCCAUCUUUCCCUACUCCAGAAUCUCAUCCCGAUAUUCAGAAACAGUCUCUAAACAGUGAACAAAUGAAUAUGUUUGCUGAGAGGCUGCAACCUCAACAGUGGCUUGGUCCUGCUAGCAUGGCUUGGACUGAAUGGGAUAGUCUCAUGGCCAAUUCCGAAGGCAUUCAAACCUAA